AUGACAGUAGUUGCAAAUAAUAGGAAGAGACUAUCAAGUGGAUUGAGUGUGACAUCCAAAGUAUUUGUUAGAUCAAGAAAUGGGAAUGCAUUAAAGAUUGUUCGUGAACAUUAUUUACGGAACGAUAUUCCAUGUUAUUCACACGCAUGUCAGAAAUGUCAAGAGAUAAUUAAACCUGAUUCAAAUGGAGAAUUGCCUAAGUUUAUCUUAUCCCCAACUCCAACCAAGACAAGUAGUGGAUUGAGUCAUUAUCUUGUGUUGGAUACCAAUAUUAUCUUACAUGCGAUUGAUUUAUUGGAAAAUAUUCAAUGUUUUUAUGAUGUAAUUAUUCCUCAAACUGUUUUGGAAGAGGUUAGAAAUAGAUCAUUUCCAAUCUAUCAAAGAGUGAGAAAUUUGGUUAAAUCUGAAGAUAAGAGAUUUGUUGUUUUUCAUAAUGAAUAUAAUGAAGCUACAUAUGUUAAUCGAGAAAAAAAUCAAUCAAUUAAUGAUAGAAAUGAUCAUGCAAUUAGAAAAGUUGCUUCUUGGUAUGAUAAUCAUUUAAAUGACCAUAAUUCAACUAAUAAAAUCAACAUUAUAUUCAUUUGUAAUGAUGUUGCCAAUCGUACUAAGGCUAGACAAGAAGGAUUGGAUGCUAGAUCUUUACCUGAAUAUAUUGAUGAUUUACCAAAUGCCGAUGAUUUAAGAGAUUUGAUUCCACUGGAUUUAUCAGGACAACAACAACAAUCAUUCGAAAAGGGUGGAGAAGAUGAAACUUCAUUCCCAGAAUAUUAUUCCCAAGCAAGAAUUAUGGCCGGGAUUAAGAAUGGAACAUUAUAUCAAGGGAUGUUGAAUAUUUCUUCGUAUAAUUAUUUACAAGGUACUGUUAGUGUUGCAGCAUUCAAGAAACCAUUAUUAAUUAUUGGAUCUAAGAAUUUGAAUCGUGCUUUUAAUUCCGAUUCUGUUAUUGUUGAAUUAUUACCAAAAGAUAAAUGGAAAGAACCUUCAACUACAAUCAUUGAAGAAAGUGCCAUUGGAGCCAAUGACAAUGCCGGUGACGAAGAAGAAGCCGAAGAAUCCACUACCACUGCGGGAGUUGUUUCAGAUAAAGAAAGGAUUUUAUUGGCCCAAGAGGCCAUGAAAGCCACGGGUGCCAAAAUUGGAGAAGGUGAUGAAAAGAGACUUCAACCAACUGCGAAAAUCGUCGGUAUAAUGAGGAGAUCAUGGAGAUAUUAUGUUGGACAAAUUGCCCCUUCAUCAGUUAGUGAACAAGAUACUGGACAUGCAACCAAGAGUUGUUUUGUCAUAUUGAUGGAUAAAGUCUUACCCAAGAUUCGAAUUAGGACAAGAAAGGCAAAAGAAUAUUUAGGGAAACGGAUUGUUGUAGUUGUUGAUUCAUGGCCAAGUAAUUCACGUUAUCCAAAUGGACAUUUCGUUAGAUCAUUGGGGGAGAUUGAAAGUGCUGAAGCUGAAACUGAAGCAUUAUUAUUAGAACAUGAUGUUGAAUAUCGUCCAUUUUCAAAGAAUGUUUUGGAUUGUUUACCUAAAGAAGGUGAUAAUUGGGUUGUUCCAGAUAUUACGAAUACUGAUGAUCCUCAAUUGAAGAAAAGAGUUGAUUUGAGAGAUAAAUUAGUUUGUUCAAUUGAUCCUCCAAGUUGUGUGGAUAUUGAUGAUGCUUUACAUGCUAUGAAAUUGCCAAAUGGGAAUUAUGAAGUUGGGGUCCAUAUUGCUGAUGUUACUCAUUUCGUUAAGGCAAAUACGGCUUUAGAUCAAGAAGGUGCUUCUAGAGGUACUUCAGUUUAUUUGGUUGAUAAGAGAAUUGAUAUGUUACCUAUGUUGUUAGGUACGAAUCUUUGUUCACUUAAACCAUUUGUUGAUAGGUUUGCCUUUUCGGUGAUUUGGGAAGUGAAUGAAAAUGCCGAUAUUGUGAAUGUUAAAUUCAUGAAAUCAAUAAUUAAAUCCCGUUUUGCAUUUUCUUAUGAACAAGCGCAAUUACGAAUUGAUGAUCCUGCUCAAACUGAUGAAUUAACCGAAUCAAUGAGAAUCUUAUUAAAACUUUCCAAAAAAUUAAAACAAAAGAGAUUAGAUGCCGGUGCAUUAAAUCUUGCCAGUCCAGAAGUUAAAGUUCACAUGGACAGUGAAACCAGUGAUCCACAAGAAGUUGAAAUUAAGAAAUUAUUAGAAACCAAUUCGCUUGUGGAAGAAUUCAUGUUGUUUGCCAAUAUUUCUGUCGCAAGGAAGAUAUAUGACGCAUAUCCCCAAACAGCAAUGUUGAGAAGACAUGCACCUCCACCAGCUACAAAUUUCGAAGUUUUGAAUGAUAUGUUACAUGUCCGUAAGAAUGGGAUGUCAAUUUCUUUAGAAUCUUCCAAAGCAUUAGCUGAUUCACUUGAUAGAUGUGAAGAUCCAAAUGAUCCAUAUUUCAAUACAUUGGUGCGUAUCAUGUCGACCAGAUGUAUGAUGGCUGCCGAGUAUUUCCCGGCUGGGUCUUAUGGAUAUCCUGAAUUUAGACAUUAUGGAUUAGCAGUUGAUAUCUAUACCCAUUUCACAUCUCCAAUUAGACGUUAUUGUGAUGUGGUUGCCCAUAGACAAUUGGCAGGUGCUAUAGGAUAUGAGAAUCUUGAUUUAAGUCAUAGAGAUAAACAAAAGAUGGAAAUGAUUGUUAAGAAUAUUAAUAGACGUCAUAGAAAUGCACAAUUUGCAGGUAGAUCAUCGAUUGAAUAUUAUGUUGGACAAGUUAUGAGAAAUAAUGAGUCUGAACAUGAAGGAUAUGUCAUUAAAUGUUUUAAUAAUGGUGUUGUUGUAUUGGUACCGAAGUUUGGUAUUGAAGGGUUGAUCAAAUUGGAGACUAUGGGAGAUGUUAAUUCGGCAAAUUAUGAUGAAGAUAAAUAUGAAUUAACAUUUACUGAUUUGAAUGGAAAAGAGAGAAAAGUUGCUGUUUUUGAUAAGGUAGUUGUGGAUGUUAAAUCAGUUAAAGAUGAUGUUAGUGGGAAGAGAAAAGCUCAAUUAAUGUUGAAGUAA